AUGGACAGGGUGCUGUGCCAGGGGUUUGCCUUUGACCUCCCAGGAUUCUAUGAUGCCAGGUUUCUCAAGGGUAAGCUGGCCCUCCUUUCCCUAACCACGGGUGGCCUGGCUGAGAUGUACACGAGGACUGGCGUCAGAGGAGAUUUUAAAUACUUCUUGUGGCUCCUCCAGCACGGCACCCUGCACUUCUGUGGGUUUAAGGUGCUCGCCCCCCAGAUCAGCUUUGCUCCUGAGACGGCCUCAGAAGAGGAAAGAAAGAAGAUGGUGGCAUCCUGGACCCAGAGGCUGGAGAGCAUCUGGAAGGAAGUGCCCAUCCCCUACACGGCCCCUUGGUACUUUGGGCAGUAG